AUCCCCCCCUCCCCGAGACCCACCGGACCCCGAACCCAGAUGGCCGAAACGGGUUCCCCCUCUUAACGAUUUGGCGUCUCCCUCGACCACCACCUCUUUGUGCAGCAGCCCCUGGGCAGACCCUGUUCCGAGGUAGCGAGGGGGAAGGUCCCGAGCAGCCGGAGGGCUUGCGGGGUGCGCGCUGGGUUGGGUCGCCGCUCCUCACGAGCCAAAGCCGCCCCGGCUCUGCUCGAUCUGCCCCCUUCUGUCUGGGCAGGGGGCGCUCCCCCGUGGGCGCUGGGGCGCCGCGGACGCGCGGGGACUUGGAGCCGGCAGCAGGGGUCGUGCUUUGAGGCGGCCGCGAGGCCGGGGGAGGGCGCCCUUCGCCGCCGGGGUCCGGGUCCUCUCGGGCACCUCCCCCAGCCGGUCCCCGCUCCCCGUCCCGGCGCCGGCGCCCCGCCCCCUCCCUGAACCACCUCAGCAGAGCCUCCCUCCGGAACACCCCUCCCGGGGCCCCGCCGAAAGUUUGGCUCUAGGGAAGGUGGAAGCGGCCACCCGGUAACUGGGAUCCCUGACCCUUGGACCUGGGAAGCUCCGGCUGAGGGGGUAGAAUGGGGGUAGAGGGAAAUCUAUCGCAGUAUUUCCCAUGGCCAGUGGAGGCAAGAGGGUCCGAUGAACUGGCCCCCUUUCCCUUUGGGCGCCCGGCCACCCCACCCUCCGCACACCCUCCUGCUGCUAGCUCUGAGGGCAUGGGACCCCCGGGCAGUCAGACUCCCCCUGCCUGUCCUGUUUCCACGGUGGUCCCGGCCAUGCCCCUCGCCCUCCCCCACUGCCCCUGUCUGCCCGUAUUCGCUCCCGUUGGCUUGAGGUGGGAGGAGGCGGCCCAGAGGCGGGUGAAUUUACCAGUGAAUAUUGUGGAAGUGUUACCCAGCGCUUCCCCGAAGUCUUUGUCCCUCAGUGUCUCCCAUGCUGCCUCAGUCUCCCCAGAGUGCGGUCUCCUCGUUGUCCCCUCCCCACUCUCUUCUGAUUCCUCCUCCUCUGGGACCUCUGGCAGUUUCUGUUCCUGAAACUCUUUAAUUUUUCCCCACCCCCACCACUCUGGUCCAAGAUGUUAUUACUUGGAGCAUAAAGCCAGCUCUGUUGCAGCUUUUUGGUGGGAAGGUGUUCCCAGGGGCUCCCUUGGUUGUGGGGUGGGGGAUUGAGGCUUUAGAACUGGCUUUGGAAUGAACAGGAAACCGACCCCAGGAUCCAGGCCUUGUGUAGCUGGGUAGGGUUCAAGUUGAAGUCUUGGGGGUUGGGCAGGAAGGGGUACUCUCUGCUGUCCCUGGCCUUGCCUGGGAGAUGUUGGUUGAUGGAGCUGUUGCCAUGGGAAUGGAGAGCCUGGAUUGGAAGAAGGUACAGCUUUGUGCAGGUCAGAUGCCCACUGCAGCCCUCAGCCUCUGGUCCCUAGAGCGGAUGUUGGAAGCUGAACUGCCUUUGUUGCUGGAAGACUUAUGUUAUCAUUUACCCUGGGUGGACCACGGGCGUACAAAAGGGCCACGAUCCCCAGUCCCCCCACCCCCGACCCCGGAAUCAUGCAUCGGACUACACGGAUCAAAAUCACGGAGCUGAAUCCCCACCUCAUGUGUGCCCUCUGCGGGGGGUACUUCAUCGACGCCACCACUAUCGUGGAGUGCCUGCAUUCCUUCUGCAAAACCUGCAUUGUGCGCUACCUGGAGACCAACAAAUACUGCCCCAUGUGUGAUGUGCAGGUGCAUAAGACCCGGCCACUGCUGAGCAUCAGGUCUGACAAAACCCUCCAAGACAUUGUCUACAAAUUGGUCCCUGGGCUUUUUAAAGAUGAGAUGAAACGACGGCGGGACUUCUAUGCGGCGUACCCCCUGACGGAGGUCCCCAACGGCUCCAAUGAGGACCGAGGCGAGGUCUUGGAGCAGGAGAAGGGGGCGCUGAGCGAUGAUGAGAUUGUCAGCCUCUCCAUUGAGUUCUACGAAGGUGCCAGGGACCGGGAUGAGAAGAAGGGCCCCCUGGAGAAUGGGGAUGGGGACAAAGAGAAAACAGGGGUGCGCUUCCUGCGGUGCCCGGCAGCCAUGACCGUCAUGCACCUCGCCAAGUUUCUCCGCAACAAGAUGGAUGUGCCCAGCAAGUACAAGGUGGAGGUUCUGUAUGAGGACGAGCCACUGAAGGAAUACUACACCCUUAUGGACAUCGCCUACAUCUACCCCUGGCGGCGGAAUGGGCCUCUCCCCCUCAAGUACCGUGUCCAGCCGGCCUGCAAGCGGCUCACCCUAGCCACGGUGCCCACCCCUUCCGAGGGCACCAACACCAGUGGGGCGUCCGAGUGUGAGUCGGUCAGCGACAAGGCUCCCAGCCCUGCCACCCUACCAGCCACCUCCUCCUCCCUGCCCAGCCCAGCCACCCCAUCCCAUGGCUCUCCCAGCUCCCAUGGGCCUCCAGCCACCCACCCUACUUCCCCCACUCCCCCUUCUGCAGCCAGUGGGGCCACCACAGCUGCCAACGGGGGUACCUCGAACUGCCUGCAGACACCAUCCUCCACCAGCAGGGGGCGCAAGAUGACUGUCAACGGCGCUCCCGUGCCCCCCUUAACUUGAGGCCAGGGACCCUCUCUCCCUCCUUCCAGCCAAGCCUCUCCACUCCCUCCACUUUUUCUGGGCCCUUUUUUCCACCUCUUCUACUUUCCCCAGCUCCUCCCACCUUGGGGGUGGGGGACGGGUUUUAUAAAUAAAUCUAUAUAUAUAUGUACAUAGGAAAAACCAAAUAUACAUACUUAUUUUCUAUGGACCAAUCAGAUUAAUUUAAAUGCCACAGGAAACAAA